UGAAAAAUUUCUGAUGUAAUAUAUAUAACGCUAAGGAAAUGCUCGCUGAGCAGGCUGAAGCCCAAGCUGCUGCUGCUACAGCAAAAACAGUGACAUCAUUUUAUGCAGCUGAAAAUGAGGCUGCAGGUGCAGAUAACAAUACUCGCAAUGUGUAGUGAAGAAACAGUGUUCUCUUUUGUUUUUUUAAAAAAUUAAUAGAGCCAAAAUCGGGCAAUAUUUUUACAAAAAAUUAUUUCAAUGUGUCUUUUUAAGUGUAAGGCAGUAACAUUUAUUAUGUUCCAUUUUGGGUCUUCAAACAUAUUUUCAUUGCUUCCUUUCUGAGGGAAAGGCUGGUAAGAUGUGAUGUAUCUGAGUGUAAGUGCACACGUUUCAAAUGUUUCGGGCAGCUUAUACUAUUUUACUUAAAGGUUGAGGUGUUUGGCAACUACUAUGGCAAAAAAGAGUCCAUGACAGUAACUUUCAGUUCCUUGCCUUCAGAUAGUGGGCUAUUCGGAAGGAAAUGAGUAUGUAAUAAGUGCAUGUGUAAAUGAGUUAAGAAUGUAGAGUAAGAAAAAUAACAGUACUUUUACAAAAUUCUUGAGCACAUUCAGGAUAACCCACCACACUCUAGGUACAGUUUCACUAAUUUUGGCCAGUGAUAUUCAGUGAGAGUACAUUAAAUGUGUGUAACUGUCACCUGUUGCCAAAACUUGAAGGUAUAAAAGAAGUUGUUCUGCUGGUGAUACUGCAGCUGUAAAAUUUCUCUCUUUCUGUUGAAUAUGUAGGGCUACUAGCCUCAAGACUUAGUCAAUCAGCCCACAUGUGAUUCUGAAAAAAAUUCUUGAAACAUUGACUUCAACGUUGAGCACCUCCAGUGCAGAAUUCUAAGUUUCGUGAGUUUCUCAUUGUAACAAGAACUUUCUGGACCACAAAAUCCCUUGUUAGGUUGAUUUUCGUGGCAAUUACAACAAGAAUUCUAGCACAAAUUGCUAAUGCAUCUUCAGUCAGAAUCUAUUUCCGUUGCUUUUCUCUAACAAAAAAUCGAAACACCGAAUGUGUGUUUACAAGAAUUUAAAACUGUUGUCAACAUUUUUCAGCAGUUGUUUGCCAGACCCACAACAGUUGCAGAUUUGCCAAACUUACACCAGUUGUAGCCCAUGUUUUUGUUUGUUGGUGUUUGUUAUUGGUGUGAAAAUACCUUUAUUUCCACGCGAUCAGCGACGGAUCACUGCGAUCUUACCGCAAACGUGCGAUCUACGAAGCGAUCGGUCGCCCUUCGAACACGCAUGCGAAAGAGCGCUGCGAUCGUUCGCUCGUGUGUGAGAGACCCAAGGAGGUUAGAAACUGAGGAUAACGACCAAGAAGCCCCUUGGAAGAUGCCGUAAGCGUGAAGCCAGUACCGCCAUUUGUUUGCGCUCAAAACAUUGCCAGUAGCGUGUUUGUAUUGAUGUGUUGUUCUUCGAAAUAUUAACGUAAAAUGGUUACAUGUGUUGCGUCCGGAUGCACAAACAGAAGCGGAAAGUCAGCUGUUACUUUCCACAGUUUCCCGAAGGACAGCGCAAGGAAAAGCUUAUGGAUCAAGGCAUUGCGACGAAUAGACUGGAAACCAACUAAACAUAGUAGAAUAUGUUCAGUCCACUUCCGAGAAGCAGACAUUGAUCGAACAUCUUUAUCGAAUGUUCGCAUUAGAUGCGGCGCCGUGCCAUGUAUUUUCUCAUCCUUCACGUCGUACAUGCAGAAUAAAGAAGAGCCACUGCCAGCAGAAAAUGAUGAAUGUGACUACAGAAGUGAAGUGGAAUCCCAGAGGUGUAAAAGUUAUGGAACAAAAAUGGCAGAUAUGGAAAUGGACCCAUUGGUAAAUGUUAAAAAAGAGGUGGAUCCAUUAGCUACUGAAGAGCAGACUGAUACUCAUCUGCCCAAAACGCACCAUGUUUGGCUUCAUGAUGUGAAAUUAGAACCUAUUAAACAAGAACCAGGAUCAGAGCCUGAAGAUAGUGAAAAUAAUUAUUGCAUUAGUGAUAAUCCAUUGGAUUUCCCAAUAAAAGAGGAGGGCGAGGCGAAUGACUGUGAGAGUAUUUGUUCCAAUCCUCAACAGAGGAAUAAUGCAGAUGAAGAUUUUCCACCAGAGUAUUUGUCUCUGUAUGAUAAAGUGAAAGUGGAAAUUACUGAAGACCAUAUUUCACCUACGAUAGAACAAAAUUUAAAUAAUGUUGGUACAGGUUGUCCCAGUACAGAUGGUGUUAAUGCAGAUGAAGCUAAUGCAAAUAGUGUUGAUUCAGCUGAUACUGGACAAGCAGAUCUACAACAAUGGAAGUCUGUAGUAAGUCAAGCUGACAGUUUUUCGUGUAGGGAUUGUGGUGAUAAUUUUACAAAGCCGGAGGACUUGUCAAAUCACAGGCGCAAACGUGAUGAGCCCAUUACUUGUGAACUGUGUGGUAAAAAUUUUAAAUCUGAGUGUGUUCUUGCAACACACAUUCGUAUUCAUACAGGGGAGCGCCCUUUCCAGUGCAAAAUAUGUGGAAAAACAUUUUUGCGUAUAUGUUAUCUUCUGAAACAUCGACGCAAAAGACAUGGCUGUAUUCAACCAGGUAUUCCUUGUAAGAUUUGUGGCAAAGUCUUUUCUAAUUUUGGUCUUUUGAGUGUUCAUACACGUGCACAUUAUAAUGUACCAAAGGUUCUCUCAUGUGAACAAUGUGGGAAACACUUCAGACGAACAAAAUACUUGAAUCGCCACAAGAGAUGUACUCAUAGUGUUGAAAAAUUGCGGUGUGAACUUUGCGGAGAAGUUCAGGAGACACGGACAGCGUUGAUAUCCCACGUUGUUAAGCACACAGGUGCUUUGCCAUUCAAUUGUGCUGACUGUGAUCAGGAAUUUUCAUCUACAUUACAGCUGGCACGGCACAGUCGAAUCCAUAAAGGUGAACUGCCUUUUGCCUGCAGUGACUGUGAACUGUCUUUCAUGACGGGGGAACAACUGCGGUCACAUAAACGGUACCAUACGGGUGAGCGCCCAUUUUGUUGUAUCUUCUGUGGGAGAGCUUUCAGGAAUGAACCAGAUCUUAUUGUUCAUGUUUAUUCACAUACUGAUCCAUAGACUGAUAUGCUUCCCGUGACAAGCUUGUUCAGUAGUGUCGCUGUAUGUCAGAGCAUUACAACAUUGCUAACUAGAACUUUGAUGAAUUUAGUGGAAUGUGAUAGUGUAGAUCAUCAUCAUGACACCUUUUCAAUUUGAAUCAAUACCUGUAGUUAACUUCUUUUUCAAAGUGUUGUGCAGUAAUAACAGUUUUUGGAUUGUGAGCUCCAAAAUAUUGCCUUUUUUGUCAGUUAUGACAUACGUGUAACUUGUAUAAUGAAUCACUGAAAAGCAAGGAAUAAUUUUUUUUCUAUAUGGUUUUGAUGAGAGACUCAGUCAUAUUUGUCACAAAAGGAAAUGUUUUUACAUCCAUAUGUGUGUGCAGUAUUAAGAUGAUUAAACUCUUUUAUUAGAAGUUUUGCAUUAACAUGUCAAACUUUGACACAAACUUCUACUCACUUUUUUUGCCACAGUAUAUAAGUGACAAGUACUCAUUUAUCACAAUUUUUACUAUUGAAGCAAAUCAUUCACUCAGAGUAAGAAAUUCACUAUUUACAAAGAAUUUUGUCUGUAAAGUUAACUUAAGCUAUACUGGUGCUUGUUGUUUAGAUACAAAAUGUGUGGAUCAAUGUUCUUAAACUGGUGUUUACAUGAAAAAUACAUGGAUAUAGGCUGUAAUGUUACAGGCGUCAAUGAUGGCCUUUGAAAGCAUUUGGAGGGGAAAAGUGAUCUAUUUCCUCUGUUCAUUGUGUGUGUACCAGUAGCGUUGUUACACGUAGUGACGUGUGGUGAAGUAAAAGUUAGGCUAAUUUAAUAUUUUAAUAGCUUAAUUUUUUUCUCUGUUGUUUCCUGUAUAUAUAAAACAUUUUUAAUUUGUGAA